AUGUCGGAUGAAUCACAAUCAACAAAAUCAACAACAACAACAACAAUGGGUAACUCUUUAAGUUAUGAUAGAUCAAAGAGUAUUGGUAAUAACUUUGCUGAUGACGAUGUUGAUAAAACACAACAAGUAGAUACUACUACUAGUAACACAAAUAAAAAUAAUAAGAAUAAAUUUGAACAAAAUGAGAACGAAGAGAAACAACAAUCGCAACAACAAUCACAAGAACAAGAGGAAUCACCUGUAAAACAACAAAUCUAUAAAAAGACCAAGAAAGAGAGUUAUAGAUCGUUUAAGACAUUACAGGAGUUUGGUUAUUUCUAUAAUGAUGAAGGUCAGUUGCGUUCGAUCGACAAUCCCAAUGACAAGUUUAAGUUCAUCGAUCAGGAGCACUAUGAGAUAUUUGGUGACUUUAUCGCUCAACAUGUACAGCUGCUAAUGAAAACAGAGUUCAAUUUGGAUGAAAUCGCUAUUCCACUGAAAGAGACAGAGGAAGACAACAUCGACCUGAAUAUCAACCACAGAGAACUUCACAAUGAAAACAGAAAAGAUCCAAACACUGCACACUCAAACAUCUUCCUCUCACAGGAUUUCUAUACCAACAGCAAGCUGAUGAUUAUCAUCUGUGGAAGUGGACAGGUUCGUGCGGGUCAAUGGGCAAGAAGCCUGUAUCAACGUUUAAAUCAACAACAAACGACUCAAACUACUACUCAAGAUGAAAUAGAUGAAGAUUCUACACAACCUUCAUCAUCAAAUUAUUAA